AUGGCAGCAGCUUCCUGGCGAAGCGGCAUGCGGAGCGUGUGCUUUGAUCCCACGGGCUUCAGUAAUUCAGUCUCGUUGCUUCCGAACCCAUCCUCGGCCAGUAAGCCGAAGAGGCAGUCAUCGAAAGGACGAGCAGACGGCAGCUCACGACCCCUGGGGCCGGAACCGCAGAAUGAGUUCGAGUUGCCUCGGGGCUCCCUGGAGUCCCAGCGGUGGAGGAGCCGGAAGGUGGCAGCGAAGCUUCAGGCCUUGCUGGGAAACUUUCAGAACCCGGCGCUGGUCUCGAAGAUGCCCUGGGUCAGGAGCCAGCACAAACAGGCCGAACACAAGAUUCCAAGCUUCGUCAUGUCCAAAGAUGACCUGACGCAACUUUUGAAAGCAGAGGAGGCUGAUCGUUUCCACAUUGCCGAGCGCCGUGCACGGCAACUUCGUGCAGCCGUCACAAUCGAUGAUCAGGCAGCCGAUGAGCUGGACAUGGAGCGCCGCGGGCUCGAUGCUCUGCAGAUCACCAGCGACCUCAACCCAGCGUUUGCUGAGGGACUGGUCAGGUUUGGCGUCCUCAGGCACGAAGUGAAGGAGAAGGCCCAGGAGCGCAGGGCCAAGGCCAACCGGUUGUUGUCUCGGGUGGCCGCCGAGGUACAGCACGGACAAGGCCUUUCGAAGAGAAGGCUGAAGCGAGGCAGAUCGCGUGGCUUUGAGGAGAAUCCUGAGGAAGUGGAAGAAGUCCCAAAGGCGCCAGCGCAGGUUGAGGAUGAGGGAGACAUCAUGCGCCGUCAUAGACUCGAGCUUGAGAAGCCGAUUGCCAAAUUCGACAAGUGGGUAGACGGCCACCUUCGUCGCCAAGGCCUCGUGAGGCCCAAGACGGCGCCAGCCAAGAUUGGGAGGACGCUCUCUAAGUUCCUGGGAGGACUUGAGUAUGAUGGCGCCAUGAAGAGGAGCCUGUCGCAGUCAAAAGAUCCAGACGCUCCAGGUGCAGGCGGUGAGGAGCAUCUGGUCGGUAGUGCCCGAACGGUGGUCACGUGUUUGAAUUACGGUGUUCAGUUGCCCUUAUCGUUGGCAUUCUCCGUUUGGUCUUCCAAAGGUACCAGACUCGACCAGCGAUUGCGCCGAUCGCACCAACAUCGGCUGCAGUGCUGCGGCCAAACCCUGCUCCCGUGCGCAGUCAGGUUCUACCACCAGGACACGUUCACGCUGCACCUCACGGAGCUUCGGGUGCUCAAGGUUAUCGCCUGCCACGACGAUGCCAGUGUCGACUGUGAGAGCUGUCCGCCAUUGAGCGUGAUCGGCAGCUACUUUUGUCUGGUCCUUGAUUUGCUCUUCUGGUUCGCGGCAAGGGCAAUCGCACUUACAAAGACUAGCCCUUUGGACGUGGACCGUCAUGUUGCUCUCAACCCCGGCAUUCUCUUGGUAUGGCACGACGCUCUGGAGCCGCUUUCAAGGAUAGUCCAUGCCAAACUUGAGGGAGAUUCUGCUGGCGCGGGCAAAGGAACCUGCCAAGAUCCAUCCACUGGAUCGCACUCCGACGGAACCUGUGCUUCCAGCACCUGCGCAUGCGGCGCCCAAGGCGCCAGCCUCGCAGAAGACAUCGCUGCCACCUUUACAUCCAGCUCCACGUGCACCCGGGAACCCGGGGAGAACGGGGAAGGUUGGACCUCCAAAGUCACCCAGCUUCCGCCACUGCAGAAUCCCAGAGCUGGUAAGGUUCCCGCAUACCUGAAGCGACGGCAGGCCGAGCUGGCGGAGCAGAGGCGCCGAGCAGCAAAUCCGCCGGAGCCGAAGCCACCUCCAGGUUACAGGCGCGUUCCAGAGGCGGAGCGGCAAGUCACCCUGGAGGCUUUGCAGCGACGGAAGGUGGAGGUGGAGAGGGCUUUGUCCCUGCUCCCCUUCAAGAUCGAAACUGUCGGCCAGAAGCGCAGAGAGAAGGAGCUCCUGCACUCCGUGGCCCAAGUGGAAAAGUUGUUGCAAAUGUUCGGGCACGCCACGGUCUACAUGCCCGAAGAUGCCGCCCCUAUCGUGGCGGAGUCCUUGCCUUCCCUGGCGCUUCCGGGCAAGGCACCUGCGAUCUCGCCCCUGUGA